GAGAGAUAAAAAAGAUCAAACAAGCAACAACCACAGGACAUUUAACAUUCAACUUGACACGCAUCCAACGUGGACUUGAGAUUUAAGUCACUCCAAGCAUUCCAAUUAUUUUCUUUUCUUUAGUAAACUUUAAUUAAUUUAUUUCGUCGGUCCAGUGAUAAUUUUGGCCACGAUGAAAAAGUUUAUUUAUUUCGGCCUGGCAAUUUUGCUGCUCAUCGGUACCGUGAGGAGCGAAGAUGAUGUCGAUGAUGUUGAUGAAGAGGUUGGAACUGUUGACAGAGAUUUUGGAUCAAGCCGGGAAGCUUCUAGAACCGAUGACGAAGUAGUCAAAAGAGAAGCCGAGGCGAUAAAAAUCGACGGUCUAAACGCGGCCCAAAUCCAAGAGCUGCGUGAGCGAGCAGAGAAGUUUACCUUCGAAACCGAAGUGAACCGAAUGAUGAAGCUGAUCAUCAACUCUUUAUACAAGAACAAAGAAAUCUUCUUGCGAGAGUUGAUCUCCAACGCUUCUGACGCCCUAGACAAGAUACGUUUCUUAUCCCUAACAGACAAGAGCGUCCUAGAAACCAACCCUGAACUCUCCAUAAGAAUAAAAGCCGACCUAGACAACAAGAUCCUGAGCAUCACAGACUCCGGAGUCGGAAUGACCAAAGCGGAUUUGAUCAACAACCUGGGAACGAUCGCCAAAUCCGGUACCGCGGAGUUCCUCGGCAAGAUGCAAGAGUCCGGAAGUCCCCAGGACAUGAACGACAUGAUCGGUCAGUUCGGAGUCGGGUUCUACUCCGGAUUUCUAGUCGCUAAUAAAAUCGUAGUCACCACCAAGCACAACGACGACCAGCAGUACAUCUGGGAGUCCGACAGCUCCAGCUACAGCAUCGUCGAGGACCCUCGAGGUGACACUCUUAAGCGUGGAACCACCGUGAGUCUCCACUUGAAGGAAGAAGCUUUGGACUUCUUGCAACAAGACACCAUAAAAUCUUUAAUCAGGAAAUACUCGCAGUUUAUUAACUUCCCGAUCUACCUCUGGUCCAGCAAGACCAUCCAGGUCGAGGAAGAAGACGAUACUGAAGCUCCAAAAGAAGAACCUGAAAAAGACAAGACUGAAGACGAAGAUGAUGCAGCUGUUGAAGAAGCAGCGGAGGAGGCUGAGAAGAAGACCAAGAAGAUUGACAAAACUGUCUGGGACUGGGAGCGCAUGAACGACUCUAAACCUAUCUGGACCCUCAAACCUUCCGAAGUUCCUGAAGAAGACUACGUCGAGUUCUAUAAAUCUCUGACCAAAGACACCCAAGAGCCGCUGUCUAAAAUUCAUUUUGUCGCUGAAGGUGAAGUUACCUUCAAAGCUCUCCUCUUUAUUCCAAAGGUUCAACCUGGAGAUAGUUUCAGUCGCUACGGCACCAAAGCCGACAAUAUUAAAUUAUUCGUCCGUAGAGUCUUCAUCACUGAUAAAAUCAACGACAUGAUGCCAAAUUAUUUAUCAUUUAUCCGCGGAAUUGUUGAUAGUGACGACUUGCCGCUCAAUGUCUCCCGCGAGGACCUCCAGCAGCACAAACUCAUCAAAGUUAUCAAGAAGAAACUUAUCAGGAAGGUUUUGGACAUGAUAAAAAAGAUCCCUAAGGAAGAAUAUGGCUCUUUCUGGAAGGAGUACAGCACGAAUGUUAAAUUAGGAAUUCUUGAAGACUCGCAGAACAGAGCUAGAUUAUCAAAAUUGUUAUUAUUCAAGUCUUCUAGCAUGAGCAACCUGACGACGCUCAAUGACUACGUCUCAAGGAUGAAGCCCAAUCAAAAGGCUAUUUAUUACAUCGCUGGAGCCAGCGAAGACGAGGUCAAGAAAUCUCCGUUUGUUGAAAGGUUGAUUAAAAAAGGCUUUGAAGUUCUGUACCUUACUGAGGCGGUAGACGAGCAUGUGAUCUCUGCUCUGCCUUCCUUUGACGGAAAGAAGUUCCAGAAUGUCGCUAAGGAGGGAUUCACUCUUGAUGACAGCAAGAAGGCUCAAGAGCGCAUGGAGGAGCUGAAGACUACCUUCGAGCCGCUGACCAAGUGGCUGGGAGACGUUCUUUCGGAGUUUAUUAACAAGGCCCAGAUUUCUGAACGACUUACUGACUCGCCUUGUGCUCUGGUGGCUAGUAUGUUCGGCUGGACCGGUAAUAUGGAGCGGCUGGCUAUUUCUAACGCGCAUCAGAAGGCUGAUGAUCCGCAGAAGUCUUACUAUUUGAAUCAGAAGAAGACUCUGGAGAUCAACCCGAGACAUCCGCUGAUCAGGGAGCUUCUCAAGAGGGUAGAGGCUGAUGUGGAAGAUGCUGCUGCCAAGGAGAUGGCUACUCUGAUGUUCAAGACUGCUACUCUCAGGUCUGGGUACAUGUUGAGGGAAACUGCUAGCUUUGCUGCUAGUGUGGAGCAGCUUAUGAAGAAAUCGCUGGGCAUUCCGCUUGAUGAGGUGCCAGAAGAGGAGGAGGAAGAUGAUGAGCUGCUGGAAAAUGUUACGGAUGGUGCGCAGGAGGUUGAUGCUGAUGAUGAAGAGCCUAGAGAGGAUGAACAUGAUGAGCUUUAGAUUUUUUAGUUCGGUUAUUUUUAUCAUCUGCAACCGCUGACUGAUUUUAUUCGCGGUUUUUUUUUUCAUUAACUUGAGUGUUUAUUUAUUGGUCAUAAAGAUGACACUGGAUAACAUCCCAGAUUAUACUCAGUGAUAUCUGUGGUAAAAAAAAAUAUAAUUAUUUA